AUGCAUUUUCCUCUUGUUUCGGCUUGGAACAAGAGAAGGAGAAGCAAAUCCUUAUCCUACGAUUCGGAUCCAUGGGUCUACAGAGCAGCAGAGUGCUGGCAAAUCGAAGACCAGACGUCGACUCAGCCGAGGAAACGAAGAUACGGGUCAUCAGUUUACACCCUCAAGGAAAUGGAAGAAGCCACAAGCUCCUUCAGUGAUGACAACCUCCUCGGUAAAGGAGGCUUUGGCCGAGUUUACAAAGGCACUCUAAAAUCAGGAGAGGUUGUUGCGAUCAAGAAGAUGGAUUUACCUCCGUUCAAAAAAGCUGAUGGAGAAAGAGAAUUUCGUGUGGAGGUUGAUAUUCUGAGCAGACUCGAUCAUCCAAAUCUUGUGUCUUUGAUUGGCUAUUGCGCAGAUGGAAAAAACCGGUUCCUAGUAUAUGAGUAUAUGCAAAACGGAAACCUGCAAGAUCAUUUGAAUGGUAAGUACACUGUUAUAGUCAGAGUCAAUUCCAGCAAAGCAACUAAAAUGCUGUCUUUUAUCACAGGAAUAAGAGAAGCAAAAAUAAGCUGGCCAAUAAGGCUAAGAAUUGCACUUGGAGCAGCGAAAGGACUCGCGUAUCUCCAUUCAAGUUCUUCCGUUGGGAUUCCAAUUGUGCACAGAGAUUUCAAAUCCACCAACGUUCUACUAGACUCCAAUUAUAACGCAAAGAUAUCUGACUUUGGACUAGCAAAGUUGAUGCCAGAAGGAAAGGAAACUUGUGUCACAGCAAGAGUUCUAGGAACAUUUGGCUAUUUCGACCCAGAAUACACAUCGACAGGUAAACUUACUCUACAAAGUGACAUUUAUGCAUUUGGGGUUGUUCUGCUAGAACUACUUACUGGACGCAGAGCAGUUGACUUAACUCAGGGCCCAAAUGAACAAAACCUGGUGCUACAGGUAAGGAAGAUACUUAAUGAUAGAAAGAAAUUGCGUAAGGUUAUAGAUCCAGAGCUGUCACGGAAUUCAUACAGCAUGGAAGCUAUAGCCAUGUUUGCUGAUCUCGCAUCAAGGUGCAUCCGUAUAGAGAGCAGCGAGCGACCUUCGGUGAUGGAUUGUGUUAAGGAACUGCAACUAAUUAUCUACACAAACUCGAAGGGUGGUUUGGGUUCGACGAUUCCUACAUUCAGAAGGCUCUAG